GGGUGCUGCCGGCCGCGCUCCGAUCGGCGGAAGUGCCGCUGCCCCAGUUCCGGCGAGCGGGUCGUGCCGCCGGGACGGCACCGGGCAUGGCGCUGUGGCUGCCGCGCUCCCACGACGGCGGCGCCCCGGAGGAGGAGGACGACGAGCGGGCGCAGGCUGCCGCCUUCCGGCAGCGCUUGCCGGAGGUGCAGACAUACAGCCAAGGGAUUGAAUUAGCCUGCCAAAAAGAAAGAGAGUUUGUGAAGCACUCUGUAGAAUGCACAUGGAACCUAGCAGAAGCCCAGCAAAAAUUUGGUAGUUUAGCACUGCAUAAUUCAGAAUCCUGUGAUCAGGAAUCUGCUCAAGCAAGGACAGAAGCUGCUGAGUUGAGAUGGCGAGAGGAAGAAUGGAGAAGAAAAGAAGAAGCACUAAACCAGAGGGAAAGACAGAAUCUAUGGAACUCAGAUCCUGUUAGUAAAGAAGUUUUUAAUAAGAGUUUUAUUAAUCAAAAAAGAAAAGAAAUUGAAGAUGAAGCUGUGUCUGAACCACUUAUGCAAAAACAUGAACAAAAGAUUAGAUACUUUGGCAUGCUGAGCAGAUGGGAUGAUAGUCAAAGGUUUUUGUCUGAUCACCCAUACCUUGUAUGUGAAGAAACAUCUAGGUAUCUCAUGUUGUGGUGUUUUCAUCUAGAAGCUGAACAGAAAAGAGCUCUGAUGGAGCAAGUAGCACACCAAGCAGUUGUAAUGCAGUUUAUUAUAGAAAUUGCCAGAAGUUGCAAUGUGGAUCCAAGAGGAUGUUUUCGUCUCUUUUUCCAAAAAGCCAAAACAGGAGAAGGCUACUUUGAGGCCUUUAAAAAUGAACUUGAGGCAUUUAAGACAAGAGUGAGAAUCUGGUCACAAUCACAUGGCUUUCAAACUAUGUUACUCCAUGAUCUCAAUGUUAAUCCUGGUUGCAUGGGAGAGUGGACAUCUUUCUUACAGAACACAGGAGAUCUACAAGGUUCCAUAAACACGGAUGUCUGCAGUUUUAACUCUGUGAUACAAAGAGAUGAAGAAGAAUCCAAAAUGAUGGACACAUUAUAGUACUUUUAAGCCUGAGGCCAAGUACUCUUUUAUUUCCCCUUUGGUUUUUUUUCCCAAAGAAACAAACAUGGCUAUUUUCUUGACACUUAUUUUUCUGGGUACUGCACUUUAUUUUUUUGUGUCAGAUUUUUGUUGUUUUUAUUUCGUUUUGGGGGGGAGGGACUUCGAAGGGUGAGUAAUUAAGAAAAACUUGUAAUAUUGUUUGAAAUGUGCUGCUAGGUUUUUAGUUGUCCUUGAAGAGCAGGGUUCUUACAUUGCCGAAUGUGAAACUGGAUGUGUUUUCUGCUACUAACCUUGCCUUUCAUGAUUUUGGAAAUUAAACAUCUGCACAAAUACAAUGUUUACAAGAAGCAGCAGAUUCUUGUUAGAAUCUGCUAUUGUCUUACUACAGAUGUGGAUAUGUUUUACUCUGAAUAUUGGAGAUUGCAACUGUAUUCAUGCUACCUUGCUGACAGUAUAAGCUCUCAAAUUUGGUUAUCACUAAUAGCAAUAAAUCAGUAUCUGGUAUCAGUA